CCUCGGCUCCUCACACGCCGCGCUCGCAGCCCGGAGCCCGCGCCGCUGCGAGUCCGGGAGGCGAGCGCCGUCCGCGAGCUGAGGCAGCCGCCGGAGGAGGAGCCGCGGGCGCUGAGCCUCAGCCCGACUUGGCCAAAGAAGGAUGUGUCACCAGCUCGGGGCCUCGGGCGGGAUCCUCGGCCUGGCUGAAAGCAGGAGUACCUGAAACAAAGACCCAAGCGCCAGCUUUUGUCCCGUUUUUUUGAAGAGAAAUUCAAAGGAAGCAACCUGACCAACUUACUGAGCUGCUCAGUACAAAGCAAAGUUGGGAUGAGGAGCUCCUGAUCCCCCCACCUGGCACUUUUCCUCUCAGCCACAUUUCCUUUCCUCCACUGGAGUAAAAAUAAAGGUUUCAUUCACAAAACAAUGGAUCAUUUAAUUCUUUGGCGGAUUCAGUUAUCACAGUACUUCUAUACUACCAACUAGGAUUUAUGACAAUAAAUUAAUGACAAUAAAUUUCUGCAUCAUAGAAUUGCUGGAGGACUGAAAGAGGAUUUUAUAUUAUAAAAACACUACAGUAUCAUGAUAUUACUAAAUAAAACUAAAGAGGACAAUUAUUAAAUUAUUAGACUUCCUAAUUCAAGCAGACAUGUGCAGUAGCUACUGUAUCCCAACAGUUACCAAACCUCAAAUUUAGAUGGUUUUUCUUUGGGGGAAGUGUCAUUAUAUUUGCAAGAAACCACGGAACAUUGCCAUCAAGUAUAUUUUCAGCUGAGUGUGUAAGUUAGGAGAAUUUACUUGAAAUAAGUUCUAGAAAAUUCCGACUCAUAUCACUGAGUGGAUUCGAUAUUAUGGCAGCAACUUACAGACUUGUGGUCAGUACUGUGAACCACUACAGCAGUGUGGUGAUAGACAGGCGUUUUGAGCAAGCUAUACAUUAUUGCACUGGAACCUGUCAUACCUUUACACAUGGAGUUGAUUGCAUUGUGGUACAUCAUAGUGUUUGUGCAGACCUCUUGCACAUCCCUGUGUCUCAGUUUAAAGAUGCAGAUCUGGACUCUAUGUUUCUACCCCAUGAGAAUGGGUUUUCUUCAGCCGAGGGUGACUAUCACCAGCAGGCCCUCGCAGGCAUUCCCAGGGUCAAGAAAGGAUCUACCUUUCAGAACACCUGUAACUUAAAGGACAUUGCAGGAGAAGCAAUCAGUUUUGCCAGCGGGAAAAUAAAAGAAUUUUCCUUUGAAAAGCUCAAAAACUCUAACCAUGCAGCUUACAAAAAGGGAAGAAAAGUUAAGUCUGACUCAUUUAAUAGGAGGUCAGUUGAUUUUGACUUGCUCUGUGGCCAUUAUAACAAUGAUGGGAACUCUCCAUCCUUUGGUUUACUCCGGAGUUCCUCAGUUGAGGAAAAAUCUUUGUCCCAUAGAAACUCACUUGAUACAAACCUAACUUCAUUGCUUCUUCACAACUUCUCUGAAGAAGACCUGGUUACUCAGAUUUUGGAAAAACAUAAGAUAGAUAAUUUUUCUUCUGGAACAGACAUAAAGAUGUGCUUGGACAUCUUGCUGAAAUGCUCUGAGGAUUUGAAAAAAUGUACAGAUAUCAUAAAACAAUGCAUAAAGAAGAAGUCAGGGAGUAGCAUCAACGAAGGAAAUGGCAAUGAUGCAAUUUCUAGUUCUGAUACUGUCUAUGUGAAUGUAAUGACUAGGUUAGCAUCCUAUCUGAAAAAGCUACCAUUUGAAUUCAUGCAGCCUGGGAAUAAUGAGGCUAUAGAUUUAACAGAACUGGUCAGCAAUAUACCCAGUUUACAACUGACUCCCUUUUCCCCAGUAUUUGGCACUGAACAGCCCCCUAAAUAUGAAGAUGUUGUCCAACUUUCAGCCCCUGACUCUGGACAGUUUCAAACUAUAGCACUGCAAGAUGACAAACACAGUUCUAGGAAAACAGACGCAGUAAAAUCCAUUCCAAACAACUCUACAAAUCCCUUAUAUAACUCUGAGAUAAAUGAUCCCAGAACUGUAAAAGAUGCCCAGCUUCAAUCACAGUCAUUAACCAUGAAUUCUUUAGAAAAUGUUUCUUCUAGUGACCUAAUGGAAACCCUUUAUAUUGAAGAAGAGUUAGAUGGAAAGAAAGCAUUGGAUAAAGGACAAAGGACAGAGAAUGGACCCGGUCAGGAUUUGUUAAAGGUAAAUGAAGAUAGAGCAGAAUUUUCAGACCGUGGUACUCCUCUUAAAAAAUAUCCUGCCUCAGUGCAAAAUGAAAGUGAUAAGAUAUUUGAGAAAUCAGUUAACCUACCUGAGGAAGAUCUUAAAUUAAAAGCUCCUAAAGUUGAAGAGAGAGACCACAGAGAUUUUAUGAAUCCUAAUAGUCAGGAAGAGAUAGAUAAGUUGUUAAUGGAUCUGGAAUCAUUUUCACAGAAAAUGGAGACCUCUCUAAGAGAGCCACUUGCCAAAGGUAAAAGCUCUAACUCCCUAAAUACCCAUAAUCCAUUGACUGAUCAGCUUCCUAUAGAUCUUGAGCCUAAAUCUAAAGUCUCUUCACCCACCGAAAAAGUCUCCCCUUCCUGUCUAACAAGGAUCAUUGAAACCAAUGGACACAAAAUAGAAGAAGAGGAUCGAGUCCUCUUACUGCGAAUUCUAGAAAGCAUUGAAGACUUUGCUCAAGAACUAGUUGAGUGCAAAUCAGGCAGAGGGAGCCUGUCACAAGAGAAGGAAAUGAUGCAGAUUCUACAGGAAACCUUGACAACUUCCUCCCAGGCCAAUUUAUCAGUCUGUAGAAGUCCUGUUGGUGAUAAAGCCAAAGAUACUACUUCAGUGGUUUUGAUUCAGCAGACUCCAGAGGUGAUCAAGAUUCAAAAUAAACCAGAAAAGAAACCUGGAACGCCACUUCCACCUACAGCCACCUUUCCAAGUAGUCCCCGACCUCUCUCCCCUGUUCCUCAUGUGAAUAAUGUUGUGAAUGCACCAUUGUCCAUAAACAUUCCACAGUUCUACUUUCCCGAAGGACUCCCAGAUGCCUGCAGUAACCAUGAACAGACUCUAAGCAAAAUUGAAACUGCUUUCAUGGAUAUUGAAGAUCAGAAAGCAGACAUCUAUGAAAUGGGAAAAAUUGCAAAGCUCUGCGGCUGUCCUCUCUAUUGGAAAGCACCCAUGUUCAGGGCUGCCGGGGGAGAGAGGACAGGAUUUGUGUCCGCACAGUCGUUCAUUGCCAUGUGGAGAAAGUUGCUGAAUGACCAUCAUGAUGACGCCUCUAAGUUUAUCUGUCUGCUAGCAAAGCCCAGCUGCAACUCUCUAGAACAGGAGGAUUUUAUCCCUUUACUUCAGGAUGUGGUGGAUACACACCCUGGCCUCACGUUCUUGAAAGAUGCUCCAGAAUUCCACUCCCGCUACAUCACCACGGUUAUUCAGAGAAUAUUCUACACAGUCAACAGAUCUUGGAGUGGAAAAAUAACUUCAACAGAGAUAAGAAAAAGCAACUUUUUGCAAACUCUAGCCCUUUUGGAAGAAGAGGAAGAUAUAAACCAAAUCACAGAUUACUUCUCCUAUGAACAUUUCUAUGUUAUUUAUUGUAAAUUCUGGGAACUAGAUAGUGAUCAUGACCUCUACAUCAGCCAGGCCGAUUUAUCUCGAUACAAUGACCAGGCUUCAUCAAACAGAAUUAUUGAAAGGAUAUUCUCUGGGGCAGUAACAAGGGGUAAAACAGUGCAGAAAGAGGGAAGAAUGAGCUAUGCAGAUUUUGUUUGGUUUUUGAUCUCUGAGGAGGACAAAAGGAACCCAACCAGUAUUGAGUAUUGGUUCCGCUGCAUGGAUGUGGAUGGGGACGGUGUACUCUCCAUGUACGAGCUAGAGUACUUCUAUGAGGAGCAGUGUGAACGGAUGGAAGCCAUGGGCAUUGAGCCCUUGCCAUUCCAUGAUUUGCUGUGCCAGAUGCUUGACUUGGUAAAGCCAGCCACUGAAGGCAAAAUAACACUACGAGAUCUGAAGAGAUGCAGAAUGGCACACAUCUUUUAUGACACUUUCUUUAAUCUGGAGAAAUACUUAGACCAUGAACAGAGAGAUCCCUUUGCAGUCCAGAAGGAUAUUGAGAAUGAGGGGCCUGAGCCUUCUGACUGGGACAGGUUCGCAGCUGAGGAAUAUGAGACUCUUGUUGCAGAGGAAUCUGCCCAAGCACAGUUCCAGGAAGGCUCCUUUGAAGAUUAUGAAACAGAGGAACCUGCCUCUCCCUCUGAAAUUGGAAACAAAGGCAAUAAAAGUAAAACAGUAACCUCGAGCCUUUCAGAGAAAUGUGGAAAGCUUCAAUCAGUGGAUGAAGAGUAGCUGCCAAUGUCUACGUGAAAGAGAGAUACGUAUUUUAAAUGUCUUUUUCUUGUGGAGAUUCUCGUUUGCAUACUGCUUUUUAAAGGCUUUGAUUUCUGCAAGUGUGUAUCUGCACGAGGAACUUUAAAAACAUUUUUAAGCAAUAGGUCUGGAUACACAUAAUUUGGGAGACUCCUCCAAUUUGCCUCAAACCUCCUACUACAGAGCUUUUCCUCCAAAUACAAUGAUAUACAUCACCUUCCAAAGUCUGUGAAUCAGCACUCUUCACCCCUGAAUGUACCAAGGAUCUCUUGGGGACAGUGCCAAGCACAGUUCUCUGCAGAAGAGUUGCCUCUGUUGCCCAAUAUCCCUGAGGCCCCUCAGGGCUCCUAUGGAACCCAGAAGAAACUUUCACUUGCAGAAAACUUGAGUCAAAAAAAUUCUGGAACUUAAAAAAGCAGUUAAGGGCCUCCAGAAGUGACUUGGUAAUAAAAGCACUGCCAAAACA